AUGAGAUUGUCACUAGGUGAAAACAACAACAUAAAAGAACUCAGAAAUUUUGCAGAAUGGCUACUCAAAAUUGGUGAUGGUUUGGCUGGUGAUACAACAGAUGGUGAAUCGAUCGUUCAUAUACCAUCUGACAUUUUGAUUAAGAACUCUGAGACAGUUUUGGAUGACCUCAUUGAUUUCGUGUAUCCAAAUAUGUUAUCCAAUUUAUCCGUUGAAAAUUAUUUCAAGGAUAGAGCAAUUCUUGCACCAACUUUAGAUUUUUGUGUCACUGAUGUCAACAACAAGAUGACUGCAGGGCUACCUGGACAAGAAAGAGUCUACUUAAGUUCAGACUCUGUGUGUGUUGAAGAGGGAAAUAUGGAAUUUGAGUUAGAUGCUUUCUCGCCGGAGAUUCUAAAUGGAAUAAAUUGUUCAGGUCUACCACCACACAAGUUGGUUCUGAAGGUUGGCGCUCCUGUUAUGUUGCUGUGGAAUAUAGACCAAACUAAUGGUUUGUGCAAUGGCACGAGGAUGCAAGUUAGAAGAAUAGGAAAUCAUGUGAUAGAAUGCAAGACUUUAACUGGUAACAAAGCUGGAAGUAUUGUUCUUAUCCUAAGACUGAAUCUAAUUCCAAAUAAUGAAACAUUGCUGGUCAGGGUAACGAGUAAAGAUGGUCUGCGAGUGCUGUUGCAAGAUCAUGGACACUUGGAAGAUAAUUGCACGAUGAAUGUGGUAUAUAGAGAAGUUUUUGAGAGCCUAUAA